AUGCUCGGAUUGGCCCGCUCUGCUUCCCGUCGCGGCCCGAGUCUGUGGCCGCCUCUUUCGGCCCCUGUGAGGGAACGGUUCGGGGGCGCCAUGCCCCGGAAGGGGAAAGCUCAGAGGAAGGAUGCAGUAACGCCUCAUGUUCCUUCCAGCCCUGUGGCAACUGAUAAAACUGGCUCUGUGACCAUUGCUGUUCAUGCCAAACCUGGAUCUAAACAAAAUGCUGUAACAGAUCUGACGACAGAAGCAGUGGGCGUGGCGAUUGCUGCACCUCCGUCCGAAGGGGAGGCCAAUGCAGAGCUGUGCCGCUAUCUUGCCAAGGUCCUUGAAGUUAAGAAAAGCGAGGUGAUGUUAGAAAAGGGUGCUAAAUCCCGAGAAAAAGUAGUGAAGAUUUUGGCACCUGUGACUCCCGAGGAAGUCUUGGAGCGGCUGAGAAAAGAAGCGGGGAGCUGAGACCAUCGAGGAGUGCUGAUGAACGUGUGCCGUGUUUUCGUGAGUCC